CUGCAGUAUACCAUGAGAUUGUGUGUUGGAAGUUACAUAGUUUGCGUGUUUUUUAGCAAAAAAUCGUAGACGAUGCCUCCCAAAAAUGAUCCAGAAAUUUUGGCGUUGAAGAAGGAAGUGGAGGAGCUUUAUAAGAAGUUACAGGAAGACCAGAAAAAAGUCGCAGAUACCAGCUUAGAAAAAAUAUGCGACGGUGUAGCUGCGGCGCCCAAAGUCAAAUUAGUCACCCGAAAACUGAUGAAGGGGCAUUUGAAUAAGGUGAACUCCGUUCAUUACAGUGGAGACAGCCGCCAUUGUGUCACUGGGUCUUUAGAUGGAAAACUCAUCAUUUGGGAUACUUACACGGGCAACAAAAUGCAGAUUAUUCCGUUGAGGUCCGCUUGGGUAAUGAGUGUUGCGUUUUCUAAUUCAGGAAAUUUUGUUGCUUGUGGCGGUAUGGAUAAUAUGUGUACCAUUUAUGACUUAAACAAUAGAGAUGCAAAUGGUGUAGCGAAAAUGGUAAGGGAAUUGGCUGGAUAUGACGGUUUCCUGAGUUCUUGUAGAUUUUUAAGCGACAAAUCUCUCAUCACUGGAUCUGGCGAUAUGAAAAUAUGCAAAUGGGAUUUGGAGACCGGUAGGAAAACCUCAGAUUUCGUUGCCCACAAUGGCGAUGUGGUAUCAAUUAGUCUAGCUCCAGACGGCAAUACUUUCGUUACAGGAAGCGUGGAUAAAACCUGUAGGUUGUGGGAUAUAAGGGAGGAGAAACCUAAACAGACAUUUUUUGGACAUCAGGCAGAUGUCAAUUCAGUUUGUUACCACCCCAGCGGCUAUUGCUUCGCGACAGGCUCUGAAGAUAAAUCGGCGAGAAUGUUCGACAUCAGAAGUGAUCAGCAAAUAGCACUAUAUCAACCACCUUCAAAUAAUAGUGGCUUCACAUCGUGUGGACUCUCACUUAGUGGAAGAAUACUCUUGUGCGGAUCUGACGACAACAACAUACAUAUGUGGGAUACGCUGAAAAAUCAACACAACGGUACUCUAUCUGGACACGACAAUCGAGUAACGUCAAUUUCAGUAGCUGAAAACGGAAUAGCAAUCGCUUCUUGCAGUUGGGACCAAACCGUUAGAGUUUGGGGAUAAUUAUUUUGAAGCUGAAUUAGAAUAAAUCAUCCAGUUUCUACAGACAAGGAUAUUAUUGUGUUCUUUAUUUUGAAUGCUCAUAUUUUACAUAAGUACUUAUUAAUAAUUUUUAUUAUAUGUAAUUGAUUGAUAUGGAAUAUUCAUCCUCGCCAUUAAAAAUAAUUAAUGUUUA